AGUUUCUUAUUAGUUCCCCAGGAAGAUUUAUUCUGUUACCACCAAAACUAAUUUAACAGCCAGGUUUCCAACCUGAAGCAAAUUAUUUAUUUAAUUAUGUUUGAAGUAAAGAAUGUAGCAUGUUAAGCUUACAGGAUGAGAAAACGACAGACAGUACACAUAGUGUGAGAUUGAUCUCGGAUUUAAUAAAAGAUUGAGAAUUCCCCGAGUUGGGACGGACAUUUCAACAUCAAACAAGUGGAUUUCGUCUUCCUGAAACAUUGGGUUUUAUAGAGUUGUGUCUGUAUUUGUCUCUCUGUUCAAAAUGUCGCAUAGCAUUUAUAGUGAAAACAGUCUGGAUGACUCAAUGUCGGAUCUUUCACCCGAACACCAACGAAGGAAACGUUUAAGACGAAUGCGGGGUAUGAAAGAACUGUAUAGUAGUAUAUUAGACAAGUACAGUCCAGCACAAAUAAGGGAAUUGAAAGAGGCAUUCCGGUUAUUCGACAAAGAUGGCGAUGGAUCCAUUACAACGGAAGAAUUGGGAACCGUCAUGAGAAAUCUUGGUCAAUUUCCCUCCAUAGACGAAUUAAAGCAGAUGAUACAAGAAAUUGACAUUGAUGGUGAUGGUUUGUUUAGCUUCGAAGAAUUUGCCCAGGUUAUGGCGAAUAUGGGUGGAAUCAGUGAAAACUCCGAGGAAGACGAAGAAGAAGAACUAAGACAAGCAUUUAGAGUAUUUGAUAAGUCAGGGUGUGGUUAUAUAACACCGUCUGAUUUAAGAUGUGUGUUACAAUGUAUGGGGGAAGAUUUAACAGAAGAAGAAAUUGAUGAAAUGAUAGCUGAGGUGGAUAUAGAUGGAGAUGGAAGAAUAGAUUUUGAAGAAUUUAUAACAUGUAUGAAAGAACAAGAUGAAGAUGGUGAUAAAGAUAGUAUUGGUUCGCCUACAGAUAUUCCACCCGAUCGUCUAAUAUAGAUAUAUUAUAUACAUUAUGACAGUGCUGCUAUUUUUGGUGUAAUUAACUAACAUGGUUGGAUGUACAUGCGCCAGUUUUGAUGAUCUGCUUAUAUUUCGAGUGGCUAUUGACAUGGACAGUGAAUUUAGAAUAUUACAAGACAAAGGGUCUCAAUAUGUUAUUGAUGGAUCAUCUUCAACAAGGACUCACAAAAUAUACAUAUUUUUAUUUAUUUAUUCAUUGCAUAUUAUAUUGAAACCACAAGCCGGGUUAGUAUUUAUCAAUAUGAAAGUAAAAUAACUGCAGCGACGAGUUUUGAAAGCAAAUUUUAAUUUAAAAAAACCUUUAUUUUCACUUAGAACAAUUGUUUUACAAAAAAGGCACCUUUUUAUUCACCCACAUUUGCUUAAAGGACCUACGCACUGUCGUUGCGUACGCCUGUCGGUCUGCCAAUUGUCUUUAUAUAUAUUUUGUUUGUAUAUGCAGAGUUUUUAACGUUUUUGUUUUCAAAUUUGCCCAAACAGUUGAUAUGUUUACAGGUAUAUGGAAUAAUGCUGUAAACAAUCCAUUCACAAAUCGCAAAGUUUAAGGGCGGACCCAGAGACCAUGGAUAUGGGGGGCGGGGGGACGCACGGGCGUCCAUGUGGCCUCCCUCGAAAUAUUUCGAACACUAGAAUCCCGGAAAUGCCAUUUCCAGUGAUCUAAGACGAGAAUUUGAUUCUAAAAUAAUAACAGAAUCUUUCAACAGCAAACUGUUUUAAUUUCAAAGCACAAAAACAUGUUUUUCUGAACGUACUACGGACUAGAAACAAACAGCUUACGAAAAUUCAGAUUGUUAUAGGACCCAGUUAUACUGACUGUGAUAACCAGCACAAUGAGCUUUGGUGGGCGUAUGCAUGUAAAUAUAUUUUGGUUUAUUUUAUGGUGUUUUAUUGAAAUUAUUUGUUUAUAUCAUUAUGUAUAGUUGUUGUUAUUUGAUUAUAAUAAUUCACAGACACUCGAAUAAAAUAUCCCAUAUGUUAGAAAUAACAGAUAUUUAUUGGAACGACUUAGCAUUUAGUAUAUAAAAUCCACUGGAAAUGGUAUAUUAUGUUAUUAUUUCAUGAUCGUAUAUAAUGGCUUUAAUAAAGCUUUUUCUCUGUCUCAUUUCGUUUUAUGAUAAAAGGCCAUUGUUGUUGUUUAUCUUGAUCCAUACUUCUAAUAAAUUUACAUGUUUC